AUCGCACAUUAUCUCUCAAACAUAAAUACACAUGCAUCUAAUAUGUACGAAGAUUUUUAACAAAGUUUAACGUGAGAUCGUGAAAGAUUUGUUUACAAAUAUACAAUGUGCCAACGAUAUAUGUGUGAUAACAUUUUAAUCUUUCAUAAUCAGCGACUUCCAUCUCUUCCGAGUAUAAAAUAAGGUAUAAAAAUUGUUGAUUUAUUGCACAUUUCAAGUGCAAUAAAUCCAUUGCACGUACGAUAACAAAAUGCGUUCUGGGUGUUAGAUACCUAUGCAAACACAGAUAUAUAACAGCAACAUUGUCGUAAUAAAACAAAAUGUAACAAGUAACAUAGUCGUUACAUGUAACAUCCAUGUUAGUUGUAAUUUCCUACUCAUUGUGUAUUGCAAUUAUAUAAUAUAAAUAUAAUAUGUAAGUAGAAUGUUAUAUAACUGUUAUACAGUUACAGAAAUGUUACAUGACAGUUACAGUGUCAUUACCAGCUAAUAACAAACAAUAACAGGUACAAUUUUAAUACAAUUAUAGUACAAUUACAAAAAAAAGUUAUAUAACAUCGAUAUUAAUAAAGUGUAUAAGCUGUUAUAUUACGUGUUACUUUAGUGUUAUAUAGCGGUUGUAUUCUGUGUUUGUUGGGUAGUUUUAGAUAGACUAGCGCAGUUAUCAAACGCUGCAUUGUCUCGAUGAUAGUGUUUGCGAGCGGAACAAGUGAUGCAUCGGUUACAAACUUGACUCUUGAGAAUUGACUUUUUGUGCUUUUCUGAUCAUCAAAGAUUCUAUUUUUCUGCAGUAUUCUAGUCAAUUUCAUAAUAUAAAAUUACACAGAAAAUUAAAGAAAAAAAAAUACUAAACUAAGAAAUACACGUGAGAUUGAAACCCGCACGUACGUCAGUUAUUGCGAGGCCGCAGUGAAUCUUCCAGUACAUCAUGUCCGUUUGCCUCGGCACCGACCACACGGGCACUAUCGAGUUCCGAAUCCUUAGCUACGAUAAGAUCGAGGAAGCCUUGAACGUGCAGCAGCAAUCAAUGCGACAGGAAUGCAUGGCGAUCGGUAUGGGAAUGUACGAGGAACCCGGUGCGCCCGAGGAGAUGCAAUUGGUCUUCAGGGAAGUCAUCAAAGACGGAUGCACUGUGAUCGCGGUCGAUCAAUCAGACCGCGUUGUCGCCGUGGCGUUUAACAAGUUACACGCUCCGUUAAAAUCAGAAGAAACAGAUCCGUUUGAUCUUUUUAUAGAAAAUAACAUCAAACAUCGCUCGUGCUGGGAUCUGACCAAUUUUAUUAACGAAAUAGAAUCGCGAAUAGACAUCUUUCAGAAGUACAACGUGCGAGGCGCCUUGGAGAUCUUCUACAUAGGCACGGUUUCGAGAUGUCAGGGUCGUGGGAUCGGUUUGGAAAUCACGCGGAAGAGUCUCGAGGUCGCGCGUGGAUUACACGACGAAACGCUGAGACAGGUUCGCGUCGCUGACAAAAUCGUCAACGAGCACGCGCGACCUGAAGCGGCGUUCGCCGUUGCCGCGUCAACGUACAGCCAGCGGAUUAUGGAGAAGCUCGACUUCGAGUCUCUUGCCGAGGUGCGGUACGAGGAUUACGUGCGAGGUGGUAAACGAAUGUCGGACAGAAUAGGAAACGUUCAAAAAACGGUUAAGUUUGUUGCUCGCAGACUUUGACAUAUCGGAUUUGAGCGGAAAAAUAAAUAUCUAAGUAUUAAAGUCGAUAGGAUUAAAUUUAAUUCGAAUUUCCAUUAAUUUACACAUGAAGUAAAUAUUGCACGUAUAUCCCGCAUAUUGGCUCGUAUCGAUUUUAUUAAUAUUUAGUUCUGAAUUUUCACGAGCUUUUAAAUCGUUGGAAAAACAAAUUUUCACAGUUUACAAUAACUUGUACUCAGAAGAAAUAAAAAAUUAUUUACCGCAAAAGCAAAACCAUAUCACUUGUGCGGGGAUGCUAAAUAAAAAGAAAACAGUAUUUUAACAAAUCAAUCAUACAAGGAAUGAGAGAAGAGAGAGAGAGAGAGAGAGAUGUAAUACAACAACGAUCUUUAUAUAUAAGUAUAUAUAUAUAUUAUUACAUUCAACAUAUCAUAACACACAUAACCCGGAAACGCUCCUAACGUGAUCGUCACAAAUCUCUCAAAGUGAAUUUGCAGACGCGACAUGUUGUGUUUCGCGCCAACGCUCUGCGCGCACAACGGCGCGAAGCGAAACGGUUCUCCCUCCUCGCACACGUGUACGCACGCAUCCGCAAAGUUGCGCGUCUCCAAUUAACUCCACGCGACGUACAUAUAUAUAUAUAUAUAUAUACGUAUCGGACGAUAUAUCUCGAUUGAAAUUUGUUUACAUCUAAAGAAUACUCUCCCCCACAGAACAAAGCCACAGAAGACAAUAUAUAAGUCGUACGGAUUAAUGUUAAUAUAACGCUACUUCCGCCGUUUCGCGGAUAUUGACAUUGUUUAACGGUAUAAUAUUAUACGUCGGUACAAUAGAAUCAUUAGUGCAUAUUGCAAAUGUGUUGAUUAAUCUCUAUCACUUAUUACUUAAUGUAUUAUAUUCCCCGUAUAUUUCAGGAAGCCAUUUUUUUACAUUUUGGCAUUUUUUUUCUUUUUUCUUUUCAUCGGUUCAACGUCAUCGCGCGCGUAUAUAUAAAUUCUCUAAGGCGUCACGGUCUCGGAAUGUUGCGGGAAGACGACACACUCAGAGAGUUCAUUAGUUAGUCUAAAUUACUCGUGUUAGAUUCAUUAUAAAGCGUCGAGAUCUGAAGAGACAAUACGCAAUAAAAAAAAAAAAAAAAAAUGCGAUCGUUCGUUCUUUUCUAUCCUUGACACAUUUACGCGGGCGAAAACUUUCUACUUCUUUUAAUUCUUCAAUUAAAAUUCAAACGCUCUUCUUUGUAUAUUAUAAAACAAAAACGUAUUUAAACCACGAAAGUUCUCGCGUUUAAUUUCGACCGUGCAAUGUUCGACAGUUACGCGAUCAAUAAGAUUGCAAGGUGCAAUCCUAUUUGAGUUCGAGGAAGUUCGAUAGAACGAUGUGUGUUCGUGAACUUUACAAAAAGUACAUUUGAGUACA